AUGAAGAUGACCAUCAAGCACUACCAUGCAGUGGCCGAGUGGAAGUGGGAUCACUCGUCCGAUGAAGACAAAUGCAGCAUCUGCAGCACCGAGCUGGAGGGGACUUGCGGAUGUCACUUUCCCGGCAACGAUUGUCCAAUCACCAUCGGACAGUGCACACACAUCUUUCACAUGCACUGCAUCGACAACUGGCUGGGCUCUUCGGCAUCGCAGGGCCGCUGUCCGCUCUGUCGUCAGGUCUUCCAG